AUGCCUUCCAAUAGCAGCAGAAAAACAGACCGUAAAGGAAAAGGAAAAGCAUCUGCAAAAAUUGCCCCCUGCUUCUCUUCCGCAACUAUCCAAGAUCAGCAAUAUGCAGAAAUUGUUGAAAUGUUUAACAAAGUAAACAACAGUAUCAAUGGUGUCAAGGAUGACAUUGCUGCUGUCAAUAGCAACAUAACAGCCUUUAAAAACAGGAUGGGCAUUGUUGUUAACAUAUCUGGAAAGACACAUACAGCAUUUGCAGACUUUGCAACUGCCUAUGCCAAUGAUCAGACUCGUAUGGCUAGUCUAGAACCAUCUCUGAUGUCAUCCUAUGUCCCCCAGACCUCUCUCAGUGAUGCUGAGGUUUCUGUCAUUAUCUCGUUGCAGAACUGGAAGUUCGAGUCUGCCGACCCUGCUCUUGUUGCUGAGAACAAGAGUAAGAAGAAGUGGAACUUGAACGAGAAGAUUAACCACCACAAUAACGUAGCUGUUAUCAACUACUUGAAGAGCUACAUUAGCGCCCAGACUCGUCUAGCUGGUACUCACCCAUGGUCUCUUGAGCAGAAGGCCAAGAAAAACAGCAAGGGGAGAGCAAACAGUUGUACUCUUCAGUCGACAUACAUGGACAACUGGGUAGCCAUUGAUGCUGCAAUGGGAUAUAAGACUGGAAACCCUGUUGAGAAGGCCUAUCUCAAACUUUUUCAGAAGGAUGCCAUGUCUGAUGGUGAGUUAGAUAUUGAGAUUGUAGACAAUCUUCCACAACGGUGUUUGCAUUUCAACAGAUUGUUGACAAUGGUUGACAACAUUGAUUGUACCCAUCACGUGUCAAAUGCGGGCAUGAGAACAAAGCCAAAAAUGAACAGAUAUCCAGCAACAUUGUUGCCUUGCUCUGUUCCUGCCACCCUGUCCCAGUCAUUGCCUCGUUGGGCAAUCAAUGAUGAAUAA